GAGAGAGAGAUUGCAGAGAGGGAGGGAAGGAGGGGGAGAGAGAUUGCAGAGAGGGAGGAGGAGAGAGCUUAGGAUGGAGAGGCGAAACCUUCAAUCCCCAUUGGUGCGUUUCUCCCUCUUCCACUCUUUUUAAAAAUCCGACCGUUGAGCCUGUAAGUGACUUACAGGGAAGUGACUUCUCACCCCCACCCCCCUGCAGUUUUUUGGUAGAUUUGCCUGUAAGUGACUUACAGGUGAUUUUUCUCCCCCAAACACAACCUGUAAGUGACUUCCCUGUAAGUUACUUCCCACUUAGACUUUCAAAUUCAAACUGAUCUUCCUUUGAUCUCUUUCUCAUCUUCAUGCAUUCUUCUUCUUCUCUGCAUUUUUCUCCACUUAUACCCAAAAUACCCUUCAAAUCUUCAAUCAGGAAUGCCAAAUUCAAGCGAAUUCCAACCAUCGUUCACAGCUUCCUAUCCCUCUUGCAAGAAUUCUCUCAACACCCAAUCUCCAUCAAAUCAAUCCAUGCCCAGAUCAUUACUAAUGAUCUCUCCAGGAACGAAUUUCUCGCCACCAAACUCAUCAAGACAUAUGCUGAUUUGGGCAAUUCAAGUAAUGCCCGGCAUGUGUUCAAUGAAAUUCCCCAGAGAAAAGAAAUCUCUCUAUACAAGGCCAUGAUGGGUGGGUAUCUCCGAAACGAGCGGUACAUGGAAACCAUUGAAUUGUAUUCAAUGAUGAGGUUUCAUAGUUUGGAAAUGGAUAGCUGCGCUUGUACUUACACGCUUAAGGCUUGCACGAGUUUGUUGGAUUUUGAAAUGGGGAAGGAGGUAAUGAAAGAUGGGAUCAAUAGUGGACUGGCAAAUGAUUGCUUUUUUGGGAGUUCGAUGAUAAGUUUCUUGGUGAGAUUUGGUGAGAUUGAUGAAGCACAGAGAGUGUUCGAUGGAAUGCCGAAUAGAGAUGUUGUUUGUUGGAAUUCAAUGAUUGGAGGCUAUGUGCAGAAUGGUUAUUUUGAUUUGGCUUUUGACUUGUUCUUCAAGAUGAGGGGUUGUGGAGUUAGACCGAGCCCAAUAACACUUGCGGCCCUUAUUCAGGCAUGCAGUGGGAUUGGAAGAUUGGAGCUUGGAAAAUGCAUUCAUGGGUUAUUGAAUGGAUUAGGAAUGAGAAAUGAUAUUCUAGUUCUUACUUCUUUAGUGGACAUGUAUUGCAAGAUUGGUGAUGUAGAAAGUUCUAGACUAGUUUUUGAGAGAAUGCCCACUAGGAAUUUGGUUUCAUGGAAUGCCAUGAUUUCAGGGUACGUACAUAAUGGAUUGGUACAAGAAGCAUUCGAGCUUUUCCAUGGGUUACUGUUAACUGGUGGUGGGUUUGAUUCAGCGACUUUAGUUAGCCUCCUUCAGGGCUGCGCACAGAUAUCGGGUUUGGAUUACGGGAAGAUUCUCCAUUGUUGUGUUCUCAGAAGAGGGCUUGAAUCAAAUCUCAUCGUAUCGACUGCAAUCGUUGAUGUGUAUGCUAAGUGCGGUGCCUUAGAGCUGGCGGGUUUUGUAUUUGAUAGAAUGAAAGAGAGGAAUGUGAUCUCGUGGACUGCAAUGUUGGUGGGAUUGGCCCAAAAUGGACGUGCAGAGGAGGCAUUGGAUUUAUUUGGGCGGAUGCAACAUGAUGGUGUUGCUGCUAAUUCUAUUACUCUUGUUGGUUUGACUCAUGCUUGUGCUCAUGUAGGAUCUUUAAGGAAGGGAAAGAGUGUCCACGCUUAUUUGAUACGUCAUGGAUACGUAUUCGAUGUUAUCAACAUGACUGCAUUGAUUGAUAUGUAUGCCAAGUGCGGGAAGAUGGUCUCUGCCGAGAGAGUAUUUGACAGUGGAUCAACCUUUGAUGAUGUGAUUCUAUGGAAUGCCAUGAUUGCUGGUUGUGGCAUACAUGGUCAUGGAAUUCAAGCUAUUGCUGUUUAUACUCAGAUGAGAGAGGCAGGGCUUGAGCCAAAUCAGACUACAUUUGUAUCUCUUUUAUCCGCUUGUAGCCAUUCGGGUUUGGUGGAAGAGGGGUUAUCUUUGUUCCAGGCCAUGGCUAGAGACCAUGGCAUAAGGCCCAGUGAGAAGCACUAUGCGUGCUUGGUGGAUCUUCUUGGCCGAGCUGGCCGUCUUGAAGAGGCCGAGGCGUUGAUUGAGCAAAUGCCAUUUCAACCAGGUGGUGCCGUGCUUGAAGCAUUGCUCAGCGGAUGCAGGACUCACAAGAACAUCAAUAUGGGUAUCCGAACUGCUGAUAGAUUACUCGGUUUGGAUGCCCGAAAUCCUGGAAUAUAUAUCAUGUUAUCAAAUAUUUAUGCCGAAGGAGGGAGAUGGAGUGAUGUUGACAAUAUGAGAAGUCUCAUGAGGAAGAGAGGACUUAAGAAAACACCGGGCUAUAGCUUGAUUGAAGUAGGAAACCAGGUCCAUGCAUUUUUUGCUGGAGAUCGUACACACCCAUGUUGGACCCAAAUCCAUCAGAUGUUAGAAAGUUUAAGACUACAGAUGGAGGCGGCCGGUUACAUGCCCGAUACGAGUUGUGUGCUUCGUGAUGUUGAAGAUGAGGUCAAGGUUAAGAUGCUUUGGGGCCAUAGUGAAAGGUUAGCAAUUGCAUUUGGGCUUAUAAGCACACAAGCAGGAAGCUUGAUUCGGAUCACUAAAAACUUACGUGUCUGCAGUGACUGUCAUGUUGUGACUAAGUAUAUAUCGAAGAUUGUUCAGAGAGAAAUAAUCGUUAGAGAUGCGAAUCGCUUCCAUCACUUUGUUGAUGGCAACUGCUCUUGUGGGGAUUACUGGUAAUAAAGAAUUUCAUCCAAAUAUGUGGCUUUUAUAGUUGGACCGAAUGUGGAUUGAAAAUCACAAUUCGAAUGAGGCCAUCCAUCCAUUUUGGUGGCCAUCAAGUGGACGGUUGAAAAGAAAACAGUCAAUGGUCCAAAUUUAGUGAAAUAUGUGAGAUGGUCGAGAUCGUUUUAGGACUGUGAACAUUUUGCCAUGUGCUCAAUCCGCUUUGGAGCCAAAUAUUUGGAUGGUCAAGAUCAAUGAGUUUGGUGGAUGAGUUGCCACCAUUUAGGAAAUGGUUAAAACUGCACAUUACCAUUACCAUUUGGAUCAUUACAGAGAAAAACUUAGAGCUUUCUAAUUGCGGAGCUGUUGUACUUUUUUAUUCCAAAAACCCUUGUACUGUAACAUUACCUAUGAAUAAUUCAAUCACAUUGAUGAAUAACAAUGUAAUUUCAAGUGCACAAUAUCUGGAAAGGAUUUAUUCUGCGUGAUUAUUAUUAUUAUUAUUUUUCCUAUUGUUGAUUUCUUUCAGAAAUUCCCACAUAGUUUUUUUGUUGGUUUUGAGGAUAUUAUCAUCAUGGUAGCAACUGAAUUGUUUUAUUUCCAUGUUCAAAGGUGUUCUAAGUGCACUACAAGAAACUAAUGAAUUGCCGACCCUACUGGCUGUAGGCAAAGGGUGCAUUUAAAACCUAUAUAUAAAAAAAAACCACUUGAUUUGUCUCAUUUCACCCUUUCCCUCUCCCCGCUCGCGCCGACUCUCUCUCUCUCUCUAUCUUUCUCUCUCUGCGCCUCUCUCUCUCUCUCUCUGCGCCUCUCCCCCUCUCUCUCUACCUCUGCCUCUCCCUCUCCGCUUGAUCUCUAUCUCCCUCUCCCUCUCCCUCUCCACUCUCGAAUCCUCCCCUCCCUCUCCACUCGAUCCACCGCUCCCUCAGUGUCUCUCUCCCUCUUUUAUUUUCUUCUUUUCUUUGGUUUAGCACAUCAAGGAGCAUUCUGCAACAUCAGGUAGAGAUUAUAACGUUUUGAGGUCCUCAGCAGGAUUUCAGGAAAAAAAAAAGUUCUUUCCCUUCUUUUUCUGAAUACACUGCAGCAGAUUUGAAUCUACUAGUUCUUCAUUAACAGGCCUGGGAGUCAGAGCCCAAUUGAAAUAAUUCUAGUUUUCCUGGUGUGGCUUUGAGUCAUUUUAUUGAAAAUUCUCUGUUGUUACCUAAUACCUGAAAUGGAUAUUGCCUAACUGCUGCGCAGAUCUUGGACACAUUAUAAAAUCAGUAUCAUUCUAUUUUGGCCAAGAGGUUUUCUGGCAAUUCUUUUGCCUUAUUUUGCAUGCCCAUUGCUGGCUCCACAUCACCUUUCUAGAGGGCAUUUUAGUCACCCAAAGUGCCUUCUUAAGAGGGAUAUGGAAACAAGCAGCGGGUGCAUCCACAACACCAUGUGUGAACCUUGUACUAUUUUCCUUUGGUUGAAGGCUUUUUGGGACUAUUCUGAGAAAAAGUUGCUUGGAACAACAAAGGCAGAAUUCUCUGUUACAAGCGAAUGGUCUCCCGAUGGAUGCUACUUCAUGACUGCAACAACAGUAUACAGUGAUUAACUUUAUUUAAGCAUUGCUGCAUUGACUUUAAAACCCUCCCACAACGUAUUGUAGCAGUAAGGGCCUCCAAAAGCCCUCCUACAUUUUUUUUUACACACUCACACCAAUUCAUGGAAGCCUUCAGAACUUAAACAAAUCAGUUCAAUCAGCUCAAAUUAACAGAUAUUAAGGGGUAAAAACAUACUUCUAUCAAGCUUAAGGAGAAAUUCAAUCAAUAAAAAAACUGAAAAUUUGAGCUGAGUAGCUGUAUGGAUGUGAAAAGGUUCGUUCCUUUGUGGGGCCUGAUUCAGUCCUCCUCUUUGGAUGAUCUCUCAUCAUCCACCUUUAUCUGGCAUGUAGAGCCAUUUCAGCUUUGUUCUUUUCUUCAAUAAAAGUUAUGUUGCCAUUA